AUGACGAUCCCCAACAAAAAUGACCAGUUCCCUCGGAGAAGCACAUCUCAUGUGCUGAGGGAUCUUCUCCGUCUUUCUCGCUUCGACAGAUAUAAUCCCUUGUUUGCGACCUUUGCAGGAGUCUGGUCUACGUUACUCGCCGGGGCGGAAAAGCUUGCUGAUGAUCGUACUUCUACGUCUUACGUCUUUAUCUCCCGUCAAACCUUCUUGUGUUUCCUUGCCUCAUACAUCUUUUGUGGGGCGGGCAUGGUAUGGAAUGACUGGAUUGAUCGUGAUAUUGAUGCCAACGUCGCCCGAACCAAAGACCGGCCCCUAGCGGCAGGCAGGCUUAAGACCGGGGAGGCAAUGCUAUGGAUGAUGGUCCAAGUCGCCGUUUCUUGGGGGAUUCUACAAAUUAUGCUCAGCGGCAAGGACGUGUGGAGUGUUCUCCUCCCCGCCGCGGUAGCCUCGAUAUUAUAUCCCUAUGGAAAGCGCCCUCUGGCACAGAGGUUUCAUUUAUACCCGCAAUACAUCCUGGGAUUCACCAUCGCCUGGCCGGCAAUCGCUGGCUGCGCCGCGAUCCACAACCAGAAGCUCUCAUUUGGGGAAAUAGCCCAUCACUGCCUCCCCCUUUGCACCAUGAUCUUCUUCUGGACCCUCUACCUGAACACAGCGUACAGUUAUCAGGAUGUUGUCGAUGAUCGCAAAAUGGGGGUUAAUUCCUUCUACAACCUUGCUGGAAAGCACAUCCACCUUUUCCUGGUCAUGCUUGCCACCACGGUUCUGGUUUGUAUUCCGCUUUUUCUCAGGACUCUCGGCUCUCUUUGGUUGUGGGUUACCUGGAUGGGUGUCUGGACCGUGUACCUUAUGAGACAGCUCCUUCGGUUCGAUGGGUCCCAACCCACCAGCGGAGGAACGUUGCAUAAGGAGAAUUUUCUUCUUGGGGUCUGGACGGUGGCUAUCUGUAUGGUUGAGGUCUUUCUUCGCGCAGGAAAUGCUCCAAUGCACAUUUCUGUGUUUGCUUAA